ACCAACCUAUUUUGACAUCACUCCCUACGUGUUGAACUAAAGAGGGGCAAGAUUGCGUGUGCCACGACGCUGGUGAACGGUGCAAAUCGCGCGUGCUGGCUUGCUGUUGGAACUAUUUCCUGGAAUCUGCGUUGCUGAAUUAGCAAAUAGCUAGCUGCCAGUGUUUGUUUUGGUUGUCUUGGUUGCCGAUUAGCUAAAAGAAAGAUGUCUGCCACGGAGGACGACACUGAGUUGCGGGAUCUUUUGAUCCAAAACCUAGAAAACAGUGGGGUCUUGAACAAACUAAAGGCAGAAAUGCGCGCUGCUGUCUUCCUGGCUAUGGAUGAACAGGAUAAAGUGGAGAAUAAAACUCCACUUGUCAAUGAAAACCUGAAGAAAUGUCUUAAUACAAAGGAUGGACGCCUGGUGGCCAGCCUCAUCAUAGACUUUCUACAGGUCUUUCACCUGGACUUCACGCUUGCUGUCUUCCAGCCAGAGAUAAAUUCACUAAAUGGCCUAGACAGCCGUGAGCAGGUCUCUUGUGAGCUGGAUAUCACCGAGACUGAUAUGAACAGGAACACUCCUCUCCUGCUGGAGCUUGUCAAGAGGGGCAGACACAAGGAGAAGGCCUCCAUCUUCUCAGAGGGGGACAAAGCCACAAACAUCCCCAAGGAACUAUCCCCCAGGCAAAUAGCAGACGCCCGGAAGAAGUUUGAUUGUUAUGACAAGGCCAGAACUGGUGGGAUACGCAAAGAGGAUUUGAAAGUUGUGUUUGGAGAUGUUUUUCCCAACUUCAACAAGAACAUGCUGGAGAAGUUUGUCACUGAUGAACAUAGAGCUGGAGACAAGGCCUCCAGUAAAUCUGUAGACUUCCAGGAGUUUCUGGGCUUGUACAAGCGCUUCUUCAGUCAGUGUCGAAGUGUGGUCACCCAUGACACCAGUGAUGUAAUUCACAAUCCCAGUCAAUUUAUUGAGAAGAAAAGCACUUCACCGGCUAGUAAGGACGAAGAGAUCCCCAGGUUUAAAGGACAUAGGCACAGUGCACAGGCGGAGAAGGCUGACGCCAAGGGCGUGGAGGUCAGCCACAGUGACACCAGCCUGCGCUUUGGCUCUCUAAAGGGCAAAGGGCAGGGUCACGUGACGUCAAGGCACAGCGAAGCGUCCGGGGACAACGACAACAGCCCCACGGCGAGCCUGAAGAAGGGGCUGGACCUGGAGGUGGAAGAGGACCUAGACGAGGACGACUCGUUCUUUGACGACCCUCUGCCUAAACCACAGAAAACCUACGGCUGUAGUAGCCUUCCCCUGGCUAAGAAUAAUUCAGGGGCCAGUCUCUCUGAAAAGAGAAACGGUCAGAAAGACUUCGUCCGCUCUCUGAGGGAGGAGAGUCUCUCAGGGCGCUCCUUUAACCCAAUGAGGAGGGGCACUAGCCUCAAUGACCUGUCUGCUCUGGGCAGUGACACAGAGGGCGAUGGGGACGAGCUCUUUUCUGACUAUGAUAAUAAACGGAGCUGCUUGGAGCACAGGAGAGCAGCCGAUUCGGACCCGGCCCCCCAGAGGAGUGCUGCAGGUGGGGGGUUCCACUCAGGAGAAGCCCAUCACAGAGACCUCUCAGCCAGCAAGAACGGUACUUCUUCUAACCCCAGAGACAAAGGAUUCAAAGACUUGAAAAUUAUAAAUGAUAAAACCGGAUCUUCCGUGCAGGAUGACGACUAUGGCGAUGACUUUAACAGCCAUCGAUCAGAUAUCUCCAAGAGUGAGGUGAGCAUCGGAGAAGAGAUCGAGGAGGUUUCCAUCGAGGGACCCGACAACAGCGAUAAGUUUGAUGAGAUCACUCAGGACCUCAGCGUAUCUCAGCUCAGCCAGAGUCAAGGAGCUGACUACAUGGAAGAGGUGGCAUGACAAUCCCAUCAGCCUUACACCACAAAGGCCAUUUUUACUACGUUAACUAUUAUUUAUGUUAUGUGUGCACAUCAUUUGUGUUCAUGGAUCUAAUAAAAUUACCACUGUCACCAAGA